CACUUAGGCUGAGUUUAGCCGUCCAGAGCCAGGAGUGUACUUAGUGGAAGUGGAGUACAGCGGGGAGCUGGGAGGACGUCGCGCAAACUCGCCAGUCUGCGCGCAAAGCAGAGCCCCGCUUGCGAGCCCGUCACCCAGCCGAGCGACUUGGCUAUGGCUACGUCUAUACUUGGGGAAGAGCCACGAUUUGGAACCACACCCUUGGCCAUGCUGGCCGCCACCUGCAAUAAGAUCGGCAACACCAGCCCGCUGACCACCUUGCCGGAGUCGAGCGCCUUCGCCAAGGGGAGCUUCCACCCCUGGAAACGCUCCACAUCGAGCUGCAACCUGGGCUCCAGCCUGUCCGGCUUCACGGUGGCCUCCAGCCGCGGCUCCAGCGGCCUGGCCAGUGGCAGUGGCACGGCCAACAGCGCCUUCUGCCUGGCUUCCACCUCGCCCACGUCGUCGGCCUUCAGCAGCGAUUACAGCGGCCUCUUUUCCAACUCGGCGGCGGCGGCGGCUGCUGCAGGAGUGUCCCCUCAGGAGCCCGGCGGGCAGUCGGCCUUCAUCUCCAAAGUGCACAGCUCGGCGGCGGAGAGCCUGUACCCGCGGGUGGGCAUGGCGCACCCUUACGAGUCGUGGUACAAGUCCGGCUUCCACUCCACGCUGGCGGCGGGCGAGGUGGCCAACGGGGCAGCUUCGUCGUGGUGGGACGUGCACACUAACCCCGGCUCGUGGCUCGAGGUGCAGAACCCUGCCGGGGGCUUGCAAAGCUCGCUGCACUCGGGCGCCCCCCAGGCCUCCCUGCAUUCUCAGCUGGGCACCUACAACCCGGCCGACUUCAGCUCCCUCACGCACUCGGCAUUCAGCUCCACCGGCCUGGGCUCCACUGCUGCCUCGCACCUGCUCUCCACCAGUCAGCACCUGCUUACUCAGGAGGGCUUCAAGCCCGUCCUGCCCUCCUACACGGACUCCAGCGCCGCUGUGGCGGCCGCCAGCGCCAUGAUCUCCGGGGCCGCGGCUGCUGCGGCCGCUGGGGGAGGCUCGGCGCGCUCCGCCCGGCGCUACUCUGGGAGGGCCACUUGUGACUGCCCGAACUGCCAGGAAGCCGAGCGGUUAGGGCCGGCGGGUGCGAGCCUGAGGCGCAAAGGGCUGCACAGUUGCCACAUCCCCGGCUGCGGCAAGGUGUACGGCAAGACGUCGCACCUCAAGGCGCACCUGCGCUGGCACACGGGCGAGCGGCCCUUCGUCUGCAACUGGCUCUUCUGCGGCAAGCGCUUCACGCGCUCCGACGAGCUCCAGCGGCACCUGCGGACUCACACCGGCGAGAAGCGCUUUGCCUGCCCGGUCUGCAACAAGCGCUUCAUGCGCAGCGACCACCUGAGCAAACACAUUAAAACGCACAACGGGGGAGGCGGGGGCAAAAAGGGAAGCGACAGCGACACGGACGCCAGCAACUUGGAGACGCCCAGGUCCGAGUCCCCAGACCUCAUCUUGCACGAGGCGCGAGGCAAGGACUCCACAGCAGGGCCGAACGACUCCUAGGGAGAGGGGGUGGCGGCGGCGGGAGAAGUUUUGGCGGGACAGGGGCGCGCCAAAAAGAGAAGGGGGGGAGCGCAAAAGGAGAGAGCGGGAGAAAGAAUGCGUGCGCGGAGAGGUGGGAGCAAAAGUCAUCCCCAGUACCGCCACUCUUUGCUCUUCUUUACCUGGGAAAGGGGUGGGAGUGGGAGGAAAAAGUGAUGUGUCAUUCAAAAGGGCGCGCUUUUAGACUGUUGGAGAGACAGUGAGACUUGAACCCAGCUCUGAGGGCAGAGACGCAGACAAAACAACCACCCACCCACAACAAUAAAACACGACCUUACCUUCCAGACGGAGAGCAAUAGAAGCGGCUGGAGAUUACACACGCCCCUCUCUGAAAAGCAGACUAAACAGAGAGAAAAACAAAACAACCACCCUUCCCCCUCAGCAGCACGACGCAGCCCUUUGGAGUGGAUUAUUAUAAUAUAGCUACACGUAUAAACCUACUGCAGACUAAAGCGAGUCGUAUUUGACGAAAUCUUCAACGACGCUUUUAUAUUUAAUAUUGGAAAAGGAGAAAUCGUCCUUUGCGCACGCACGCACGCACACACACACAAACACACACACACACACAAAGGCUCAAGGUGAGAAAUUAAACUGGAAAACGUCUGAGACAGUUUCUCUGUAAUUCAUAAAGCAUAUGUAUAAAUAGGGUUCCAAAAAUACACAUACACGUGUUCUCUUUUUUUCCCUUGUAAAUGUCCAUUCUGAAUUCUUUUUUGGGGUGAAUUCUUGAAAAUCAGGGGAGUUUUUUAAAUUAUUAUUAUUAUUAUUAUUAUUUCUGAUGCACUUUGUGGAGGUCAGUAUAUAUGUAAAAGAUAUUUAAAAUGUUGAGUUAACAUUUCACUCACACCAGUAAGUUAAGGUUGUUUAAAGAAAUUAAAUGCGUUAUCUGUAUUGGAAAAAACAUUCUUGACAUAAUAUUUUCAUUUUGGUAUUAUUAAAGGACUCUGAACAACGCA